AUGGCUACUCUCAAAACGUCGUGCUCCUCGCACAAAGCUAUAAUACUGCCGUAUCUGAUAAAAUACAUUCCAAAGAACUUCCAAUCAAAGUCGAUAUCCGAUGAAUUCAAGGUUUAUGCAUUCGACCUGGAUCACACUAUUAUAAAGCCUAAAUUUGGUGGCCGUUUUAGCAGAAGCGAGAAUGACUGGACUUUCAUGUCAUUUCCGACCGGCACGGAGGGCAAGACUGUACAAACGAUAGAUAUUUUGAGCGAGAUCUUGACAAAUUAUACCAAAGCGCAUAUUGUCAUCUUUUCUAACCAAGGUGCGACUGUGACAGUGCCGCCAACCUCCAAGAGCUGCACCAAAUUUACAAAAAAAAUCGGGUUAGUGCUGCAAGCAAUCUCGGGUCUUGAUCUCGCGCUGGAAGAUAGAAUAUGGAUUUAUGCGUCCCCCAAGAAACCUGCGUCUCUGUCUUCCACCAAGAAAGCCAAGCGUUUUACGCAGAGAAAAGUGGUGAAAAUUUCAAGCAAGGACAAUGCACAAGAGUCCAUGGCAAGUGAUCUUCUCUUCAAUUCGAUGCGAAAGCCGAAUUCAGGAAUGUUCGAAGAGUUCAGCAAAGAUUUCGGCGGAAAAUUUAAGCUGGAAUACUACUGUGGCGACGCAGCGGGACGCUCGAGGGAUUUCAGCAAUUCAGAUAAACAAUUUGCAGUAAGUAUCGGUGCUCAGUUUCUAACCCCAGAACAAGUGUUUGUUCAGAACUAG